GCCUAAGCUCCGCCCGUUAUCCCGGAAAUGUCGGUGGAAGAUGGUUUCUAGGCGGUAGUCAGUCCGGUGAGGCGUCGGAAGGAAAAAAAGCUGCUCGCUCCCGACUUUCGUGGGAUGGCGGACCGCGGCGUCCUCUCCUCGGAGCAUCUGGAGCGGCUGCACGAGAUUUUUCGCGGCCUCCAUGAGAAGUUGCAAAGCGCCCCGGAGAAGCUGCGCGGGAGCCUGGCGGUUGAGGAGAAAAAAAAGUUAAUGCGAGAGUUUGAUGAAAAACUAAAAGAGGCAAAUGAAACGUUAAGGGAAAUGGAAGAAGAACUGAAAUAUGCCCCGGUGUCCUUCCGCAAUCAAAUGAUGAUUAAAAUCCGAACUUACAAAGGAGAUCUUAGCACAUUUCAUAGGAAAAUGAAAAGUACAGAUUUGGGAGUACCUCCAAGUGCACGUGGGAAUUCAAAAUUUGGCAUCUUCUCUACGGAAAAUGAGCAGAGAACUCAGAUGCAGUCUCAGAGGGUGUUACUGCUUCAGGGAACAGAAAGCUUGAAUCGAGCCACUCAGAGCUUGGACCGGACACACCAAAUUGCUGCAGAAACUGAUCAAAUUGGUAGUGACAUCAUUGAAGAACUAGGUGGGCAGCGUGAGCAGCUGGAACGCACCAAAGGCAGAUUAGUAAACACAAAUGAAAAUUUAAGCAGAAGUCGGAAGAUCCUACGUUCCAUGUCGAGAAGGCUUAUGACAAAUAAAUUGUUACUCUCUGUCAUCAUCAUCCUGGAGGUAAUUAUCCUGGGAGGUCUUGUCUACUAUAAGUUCUUCACCUAAGCCUCGAAGAAAUGCAGUUUUUCUGCUUUGCUGUCUUCAAUCCACUAUAUGGACAUUCCUGGGCAAUAACUGUGACAUAGAUUGAAAAGAUGGGUGGUAUUUACUGCAUUUAAAAUACAGUGCUGGCUUGUUGUCAGUCUUGACAUGUCCUUCUGAGAAGGGUGCAGUGCUACUGGGAGGAGAUGAACUACAUCUGCAAUAUAACACGAUAGUCAUAUAUACUGAAGAUAUUAAUUUGUGGCACAGUUUGACUUCCCAACUAAGAAAAAAAAA